CAGGGUGCAUUAUUUUGCUGAAAGAAGCCUCUGCCAUUAGGGAAUACCUUAUCCACGAAGGGGUGUACUUGGUAGCAGGGGCGGACUGACAACUCAUGGGGCCCACCGGCAAUAGGGGAUCAUGGGGCUCCUAUGUCCUUGCCCAAACUCAGAAAAGCCUAUGAAAAAGGUACCAGCGGCAUCUCAUGGGGCCCCCUACUGGCCCCGGGCCCUCAGGCAGUGCCGAGUUUCCAAAUGGUCAGUCCGCACCUGGUAGGUAGUA